CUGACUUGCAGGCUUCCAGUUCCAAGGGUCCUAGGUUUGGUUGGAACAAACGGCAUUUGGAAAUCAAUCGAUCUCAAAAUCUUGGCAGAAAAACUUCAACCAAAUCUUGGCAGAUACAAUCAUCCACCGGACUGGCAAGAAAUUUUGACUCACUUCUGCCGGUCAGAAAUUCAAAGCUAUUUCAUCCGAGUGUUAAAAGAGAAUCUUAAGACUGUUAUAAAGCCACAACAUGUUGGCUACAUAAAAAUACUUGUUCGAGGCAAUCUUGGGAAGUUGCUUGAGAAGCUAGACGAGAGAGGAAUGAUGGCGCAUAUCUGUGCUGAUUUGGAUUUGGACCAGAGUGCAAAAGAUGUAUUUAGUAGAGUGCUGCAGAGGUUUGUGAUUGCCACAGUUUUCAUAACGAAGGCUGCGCUGUACACUUUAGAAGAACCAUCUAGCUUCCUUGAUGUGAGGCAAAAACACAAAGCUGCUCAUGGUAUAAGCUCGCUUCUCAAGCCUGACAG